AUGAAGAACACCAUUGGAGCCGUACUCUUUGGCACUGCUCUCGUGGCAGCAGCACCAUCUGCUUCCCGUCGUGAUGUCGACACUCGCUUUCCUUACACCGGACCUGCCAUUCCAGUCGGUGACUGGGUUGACCCUACCGUCAACGGCAAUGGAAAAGGCUUUCCUCGUCUGGUCGAAGCUCCGGCUGUGAAGCCCAAGACCUCCAACCCUACCAACAACGUCAAUGUCAUCUCCCUGGCCUAUGUUCCCGGCGGCAUGCACAUCCACUACCAAACUCCCUUCGGUCUUGGAGCUGCACCUCAAGUCCAGUGGGGCACCCAUCAGGAUAACCUCAACAACAUUGCUGUUGGACAGUCCAACACCUAUGCUCGUACCCCUCCUUGCUCCCUUGCACCUGUUACUCAGUGCAGUGAGCAUUUCCAUGAGGUGCAGAUCACUGGCUUGAAGCCAAACACCAAGUACUGGUACAGGAUCCCUGCGGCCAAUGGUACCACCGAGUCCCAGACACUGAGUUUCAGAACUGCACACGCUCCUGGUGACCGUUCCGAGUUCACUGUUGCUGUCUUGAACGAUAUGGGCUACACCAACGCUCAUGGUACUCACAAAUACCUCGGCAACGCUGCUGACGAUGGUCUUGCUUUCGCCUGGCACGGAGGAGAUAUCUCUUACGCAGAUGACUGGUACAGCGGUAUUUUGCCUUGCGAAGACUCUUGGCCUGUCUGUUACAACGGCAGCUCGACCAGGCUUCCAGGUGGUCCUCCCUACCCCGCUGAGUACCUCAACGCACCCUUGCCCGCCGGCGAGGUUCCCAACCAGGGUGGACCUCAGGGCGGUGAUAUGUCUGUGUUGUACGAGUCCAACUGGGAUCUUUGGCAGCAAUGGAUGUCAGACAUCACUACCAAGGUUCCAUACAUGGUUUUGCCCGGUAACCACGAGGCUGCAUGCGCCGAGUUCGACGGAGGCAAUAACACACUCACUGCCUAUCUCAACAACGACAAGGCCAACUCUUCUGCACCCAAGUCGGCAUUGAACUACUACAGCUGUCCCGAAUCUCAGAGAAACUUCACCACCUUCCAACACAGAUUCCGUAUGCCUGGAGUCGAGAGCGGUGGCGUCGGCAACUUCUGGUACUCUUUCGAUUACGGUCUUGCCCAUUUUGUCAGCAUCGACACCGAGACAGACUUCGCAUACAGCCCCGAAUGGCCCUUUGUGCGUGACAUCAAGGGUAACGAGACUCUUCCCACUGAGUCCCAGACCUUCAUCACCGACAGUGGUCCCUUCGGUCGUAUUGACGGGAACAACUGGAAAGACAACAAGGCUUAUGAGCAAUACCAGUGGUUGGCCAAGGAUCUCGCCAAGGUCGACCGCACCAAGACUCCGUGGAUCUUCAUCAAUGGCCACAGACCCAUGUACAGCAGUCAGACCGCUUCCUACCAGGGCAAUGUUCGCAAUGCAUUCGAGGCAUUGAUGCUCGAGUAUGGUGUGGAUGCUUACUUUGCAGGCCACAUCCACUGGUACGAACGCCUCUUCCCUCUUGGUCGCAAUGGUACCAUCGAUACUGCUUCCAUCAAGGAUAACAACACUUACUACACUAAUGAGGGCAAGUCAAUGGUUCAUGUUAUCAACGGUAUGGCUGGCAACAUUGAGUCUCACAGCACUCUGGAUGCAGACCAGCCUGUUCUCAACAUUACUGCAGUCUUGAACCAGAGAGAUUAUGGUUUCAGCAAGCUGAAGAUCACCUCUACUUCUGCGACUUGGUCCUUCACCAAGGGUGCUGAUGGAUCUGUCGGUGACAAGCUCACUCUUCUCAAGAGAAACAAGUAA